CCCUCCAGUGGGGUUGACUGGCGGAAGGGGAAGUGAGGUGGGGAGGUCGGCGGCGGUGGGGAAGAUGGCGUACCAGAGCCUGCGGCUGGAAUAUCUGCAAAUCCCACCGGUCAGCCGCGCCUACACAACCGCCUGCGUCCUCACUACCGCCGCUGUGCAGUUGGAAUUGAUCACACCUUUUCAGCUAUACUUCAACCCUGAAUUAAUAUUUAAACACUUUCAAAUAUGGAGGCUGAUAACCAAUUUCUUGUUUUUUGGUCCAGUUGGAUUCAAUUUUUUAUUUAACAUGAUUUUUUUAUAUCGUUACUGUCGAAUGCUAGAAGAAGGCUCUUUCCGAGGUCGGACAGCAGACUUUGUAUUUAUGUUCCUUUUUGGUGGAUUCUUAAUGACCCUUUUUGGUUUGUUCGUGAGCUUAGUUUUCUUGGGCCAGGCCUUUACAAUAAUGCUUGUCUAUGUCUGGAGCCGAAGGAAUCCCUAUGUCCGCAUGAACUUCUUCGGCCUUCUCAACUUCCAGGCCCCCUUUCUGCCUUGGGUGCUCAUGGGCUUUUCCUUGUUGUUGGGAAAUUCAAUCAUUGUGGAUCUCUUAGGAAUUGCAGUUGGACACAUAUAUUUUUUCUUGGAAGAUGUAUUUCCCAAUCAGCCUGGUGGAAUAAGAAUUCUGAAAACGCCAUCUAUUUUGAAAGCUAUUUUUGAUACACCAGAUGAGGAUCCAAAUUACAAUCCACUACCUGAAGAGCGGCCAGGGGGCUUUGCCUGGGGUGAGGGCCAGCGCCUCGGUGGUUAAAGCAGCAGUGCCAAUUAUAAGACCCAGCUGGCGAGGACUCAGUGACACGCCCAUUGGGAUUCUUUUAUUCUUUGCAUUGCAAGAGUGUGGACACUUUUGACAGCUUGACCAAUUUUUAACUCCAGAAGCACUUUAUAAAAUGGUACACUGAUUAAUCCAGAAGACAUUUCCAGCAGUUUGCCAGUGGUUCCUCACUACACUGGUACUGAAAGUGUAAUCUCUUGGAGCCAAACACAAAACAAAAACAAGAGAGACAAAUCCCCUGCUGCCUCUAAUGAACGAGGACGGAUGUUACUUGAGUUCUGCGGUGUACAGCAGAGCUUCUCCUCCUCUAUGGUAGAUGAGGCCACGGUGUAAAUGGAAUUUCCAGAGAGGACAAAAUAAAACUGAAUUCCAUCUCACUCAAACUGAA